AUGCAUGCGUACAAGCUUCAUGCUGUGUCAAUGAAUCAACCAUAAAUUAUUACUCCAUCGCUGCUCGCGUUCCUUGCCGACGUUAAAGAAGGUAAGUUUGUUUUAAAUAUUGAUUUAAUAAUUGCUUUAAAACCCGACGGCCUUUGCGUACAUGAAACAACUAAACAAGACAGCAUAUAAUUUCAGUGUAACUUUUAUAUUGAUUCCCCAUUUUAUUGCAAACUCAAAGUUUAUCGAUAAAGCCAUUUAAUUAAAGGCAGUUUAAUAGUUUUAUAAAGUACUGUUUAAUAAACGAGCAGGAGUUUAAGCCCCGUUUACACUACGCUCAAUUUUUGGUACGGCAUGGAUAAAAUUGGUACCCGUACCACUUUUUUGGUUCUUGGACUACCUAAACAGGUAGUCCAAGAACCAAAAUGUGGUACGGUACCAAAAAUUGAGCGUAGUGUAAACGGGGCUUAGCUAAAUAGGUAGUCCAAGAACCAAAAAAGUGGUACGGAUACCAAUUUUAACCGUGCCGUACCAAAAAUUGAGCGUAGUGUAAACGGGGCUUUAUUAGGUUUAAAGCUACGAGCGCGCAGCGCGAGUGUCUUUCAGACCUAAUAAAACACGACCUGCGAGUUUAUUAAACUGCUUCAAACACGACUACAAAUUCAAUAGAUAUACUGCAUGCCUUAUUAGUAUUCUUUAUAUAAAGAAUACGAAUGAGGACACGACUACAAUAGUUUGAAAAGGUUGUCCUCUCUUACCGAUUGGAACGUUUCAACCGGUGAAUUAUGUUCCAUUUGAUUGCAUGCCGGAAAUGUAUUUGUUUGGAAACAUCACGUUUAUUAUAAGUAAUAGCAUAAAAAGAGGCGAAUUAGCUGUUAAAACGUCCCACCCGAUGAGGGUCGUUUAGUAAAAUUCCCGAAGGCGCCCCUCGAUGAGGGUCAUUUAGUAAAAUUACUAAAUGACCCGAAUCGAGCGGGCGCCCAAAAUCCGGUAUGUAGUUUCGGUUUUAUGAAUGUCUUUUACCGUUUUUUCCAGCAAAUCCCACUCUUUCCAUUCCUGAAAUUGGGCGCCACACUUUUGAGCCAAAUGAAACAAAGCCACGCACCCGCAAUUAAUGAUGAACUUUAGACUUCGCUAACGUUUUCUUUUUCCAGGGUGCAAAUAGCUAAGCGGAAUGAGUGCACAAAAAUUUGUUUCGCUAUACUGGCCAUAGGUCAAGAACAAAUCGAUUAAAUUUGGUUCAAUUUGGACGAAAUUGGGGGUUGUUUACCAUUUACAUGUAAAACCCACCCGGUUUGAAAUUGUGCUAAUGGUAAGCAAAAUUUCGGAUAAAAAAUCCUAUUCGGAUUAUUCGCUUUCCAUUUAAUAAUUUCAAUUGUUAAAUCACGAAGAGCCUGGAACUGGUGAAAAAUUUUGAAAAAUGUAAAUGGAACAACAUUUACCGGUUGAAACUUUCCAAUCGGUAAGAGAGGACAACCUUUUCAAACAAACCGUUUAUUCCGGAAAAGUUCCGGUUGGGCCGUCGAAAUAUGCUUGUUCCAUUUACUUUCCGUAUGGAAUCACCGGAAUUUCCAUGUAAAUGGUAAACAACCCAGAUCAGAAAUUAAUAACCAUAUUUUGCCUUGCUUUCCCGGAAUAAAGAACACUGAACAUGUAAUCAGGCAGUGCAUACGUUUAUGCAACAUACUUAACUUAAUUCGAUGCCAUAGAUAUGCACUUUCUGAGUGCCCUCUAAAGGGACGAGUCGUUACAACGAUUCAGCAUUUAAUUUAUGUACUUUGUAUGUUUUUGCAGGGUGCCGUUACGCACAGUACCAGACUAAGCGUGAAGACAGUAAAUUUUGAAUGGGAACCUCCAAUAAGCCUCUCUGGAAAUAUUUCUUUCUUUGCUACGGUCGUGAAAGACACAACUACAUUCUGGGUAAAACUUCAAUCACCAGAACUCUACAAGAGGGUAAGCGCUAUCUAUAAAAUUAGGGGGCAAAGAUUCGAGGCACAAUGGGGCAAGGCCUUGUUAUUGCGUUUCCGAAAUUCAAUUCUGUCGUUCAUUUUAGCGCUGUCGAAACAGUCUAAGUAUUAGAGAGUUUACGAUUCACGACGAGGCGAGAGAAGACGCGUUAGAUAAAGGCUUGAUAAAUAAUGUAAACGUUUAUUUUAGCGGGAAUAUUAUAGGAGAGGUUUUUCAAAAUCUUUGUAAUUUUUGUUUAAACACCACAGGAAAUGUAAUCAAAGAUACUACUUCAUCAAAAAUAAAAACUUGAAAUUUGCAGCGUAGCGCAGAUCACACAACGUGAAAUUGACAAACUUCCGUCGUAGAAUCGUCGACUAUACGAGUUGGAAUUACACAAGAAGCGUUGGCCGCACUAAUUACCAAGCCUUUCUAAUGUGUCUCCUCCAUAGCCGCGUCGUGAAUAGUAAACUCUCUGAUGCCAGUCUAAGGGAUCGACCAUUAUUAAUGACGGAGUUGGGAACCACAGAGAAAGCGAGAGGAAAUAUCUUCACUCGACCUUUUCUAAAAUAACGUUUCCAUCUAUGCUGCAUGUACCGCUGGAAGGCAGGAAAUAAUAAUUACUCCACCUCUCGCAUAUAUCCUACAUGUGCAUACUAUUUAACAGUUAUUCUGAGAACUCAAGUCGUACAUAUGAGCUGAUAGCCGAUGAGAUGCGCAGCACCGAGUCAUAUACAACGAUGAUGACUAGAUAUCACUAGUGACUCAUCUCUAUGGCAAUAUUUUUACUGUUAGUUUAGCAAUCAACACAACUUGCCCUAAACCUGACAAAUCGCUGCUGCUACUUCUUUAAAUAAUACUUCAAACAUUGCUGAAAACUGGAAAUUUUUAUACAUUUAAGGAUUUUAGACAAAACAAGUAGUUAUUAUUGCAGGAUAGCUCAUAUCCGGUAGUUGUCUUUAUAAUAAAUUUCGUUAUACAGGGCAAAUGUCAUGUACAAAUGCAUAACAUAUUUUGUCCUAAACACUUAUGAAACCAAUUAUAUAACAAUACAGUGUACGUGCCCGGCUGUCAAAAAAUCACUGCAUUUUGGAAGUGAUAUUAAUCCUGCACCGUAUAACAAUUGUUCACCUUCGUUACUCUGCUUUCACGGAUCAUCCAAAUUUUGCAUAUUUAUUUAAACUUAGAUGAUACUAACUUCGUAAUUGAUUUAUAUCGAAAAUAGAAACCGGUAUUUAACAUGUUCUAGCAUCCAUAUUAAUGUCAUGUAGAUUUAGGUUUAUUAUGCGUGUAAUGGUCUGCUGAAAACACAUGCUAGUUGUCAAAUGCUCAAAGGUAAAUGAGAGCUGAUGAUUUCACUGUGAAAAUGACAUUUUGACCGUAGGCAAUGAAACAUGCACCCGCAGUUUUUUUGUUGAAAAUAGGAUUGGGCAAAUGGGUCGGGCGACUGGAAUUUAAAAAAUCUAUGAUUUGGGUAAGAAAGUGGAACUGAAAACCUCCCACUGACAACCCUUCUGCAUCACUGAGCUAUAAUAUUACAGGAGGUGCUCCUAUCUUCCGCCAGUCAAAAAAGUGUCGCCAAAAACAUGGCGGAUUUUCACGUUUGCUUACGCCAUCUGGUUUCUUUUGGCAAUGGUAUUUACCACUGACAAACCGCGAUCCUCUGCUUUUGACGGGGUCUUUCACCCCCCUGGAUUUUCGAUAUAAAAUGUUUUUGUUUCCAGCUAAAAAUGUUUUUCUCCUACUUUGCUUGUUUUACAAAGUCGAGGAAAAAAUGCCUUUCUUUUGGAUGCUGCAAUACGCUAUAAACGAAGAGUAUUUUCUUCAGGUAAGAUGUAUUUUUUUAAAAACUUUUCAGAUGGCUAAAAAAUUUGUGUGUAUGAAAUUUUGCUUUUGUUUCAAGCUCUGGCUUUUGUGUUUUUACUCUCGGUUUUUAUUGCCAGUUACAGUAGUUUUAAAUGUUCUGUGUCCUUCUAUAUACUAUUUAUUAAAACCCUUACACUUACAAUAAGCAUUGUAAGCAUUUAGUAAGCUCUGGAUUUUAAUAUUUUAUAUAAUAUUAAUAAAUAUGUUUCCUGUGACUAUCUUAACUUUAUAUUAUUAAACUGCUAGUCUUUGCCAGAUUUUGUAUUAAACAGCAGUUGCUUACUGUGCAAUACUGCAGUUAGUCAUGUAUAUGUGGGGGGUAGGAGGUGUGCACAACCAAUUUGUACAUGGCACUUUUGACAGCAGCUUGAGUUGUAAUGGCCAUGGGGCAACUUUUUUGCUGCAAUAAAUCACUAUUUUGUGCAUAUACCACCUCUGCAAUACAAGCAAAUGUUUUGUUGAUACCCUCGACACAAAGACCAAGCAUUCAUGGGUAAUUCCACAAUACAUUCACACCUCCCAAAAAGAGGAAUACAAGUUAACACCUUUCUCCUUCAGUUGUUUAAUAUAUGUCCUCAAACAUUUUACUAUGACAGAGGGGUUUGUCCUGCUUCCCUGUUGAGAUGACAGCAAUAUCCUCUGUAGUGAGGGGUCUGAUAUUCUGUCUUAAUAAUCCUCACAAUGGGUAAUUUCCAGAAAAGAUCCAUACUCCCCCCACAGAGGAAAUUUCUGCCAUCCAGAGGGGGAAGGAAGAAAAAAUUGUUUCUGAUAAUAGUAAAUGUAUUAGGACAUCCAAAGGGGGUAGGGCGUUAACUUCCUAUUUCCUCUGUGGGGGUGGUAUGGAUGUUUCCUGGAAUGACCCAAUGAUAGACUAGCUAACUACAAUAUAUUUAAACAUUACUCACUUUUCUUAUUUAGGUUGAAACUUUAAUGUGGACAAGAAUGAAACUCAAGGUCUUUGGAGGUUUAAAUAGCAGGAGUAGUGGUGUACUGGCCAGGACCAGUACUAGUACCCCCUAGUAAGAGUACCCCUAGAAGUUUCAAGAUACUGAACAACAGAGCAAAUUAGUCAUAGCCAGUGGGGCAACAAAGUUAUUAGAACAGUUUAGAUUUUAAAAUGAUUUAUUGUAAUUAAUUAUUAUUCUUUGAAAAAGUUAAAUUAAAUUACUUCAGCUGUGUACUGUGUUAUAAAUGUGGGAUAAUUUUGCAAAGAAAAAAGCAUGUGAAAAGAGAAAUGCACAAAAAAUACUGAAUUUUAAGCCACGGGUGCCUGAAGUACAGUAUGGCUUAACUCAGGGUGUACCUUGUGUGUGGGGAAGGGGGCUGUGCACCCCCAUUUUCUGCUAAGAUUGUUGAUAAAAUCAGAAAAAGGAAUUCUAAUCAGUAAAAUAUGGGACUGGUCAUUGGUAAAAUUGUUAUUAAUAGUUUUCCUCAAAUAUUGUGAUUCAUCACAAUGACCUAGUAGGCCUGUAGAGAACAUUGAAAAUUGAUUUUUUUAAAUUUUCUUACUUGAAAUUGAAAGGGAGGGAUUAAGUAGGGCAAUAAGUGGGCACUGGCCAUGCCCUAUCCUUGAUAAAAAUGAAGUGUCAAGCCCCUCAUUGAAAUUUUAUCCAAACACUAUCAGAGAAUAUAAGACAGUAACUACAAUGCCAUCUGUGUUCCACAUUAGUUGAAAUGUGUUCUUCCUACAAAUGACAUCAUGCACAUACUGUAUUCCCCACAAAAGUGCUAUUUGAUGUACAAAGUUAGUAAAUAAAAACACAAAAUACUGAUACAUGUAUGGUUUCAUACUGCUAGAUACAAAGAGCUUCAAUAUACUAUAGCAUGCGAAAUUGUAACCAUUUAUAUAACAUAUCAGCAAUAUUUAAAUAUUUAUUAAAAGUAAAUGAAACUAUAUUAUAUAAAAGUCGACGUAUUUUCUGCAACAAAAACUUUAAAUACUUGUGGCUAAAAUAAAGCAUUAUCCAUCGUAUUUAUAUAUAAUCAUAUCCCAUCAAUAUGACCAAUUUUUCACGAAAUAUUUACAGUAUUUCAGGUUCUCGAGAACUCACUAACUGUGAAAUAUUAUAUUUUAGUAUUUUGCCGGUCCGAGGCUGAAAUGUCGUCUUUGCCGAUAUUUCUCUAGGUUUAUUGUCUUUAGCGAACAAGGAUAACUUGUACAAACUGCACAUCUUUGAAAAAAAUAGUCGACGUCCAAAAAUUAUAUAAAAAAUCCAAAACUACGACUGCAAAAACAACAAAAUAUUUUUUGCAAAAACUAGGGGGAGUGAAAAUCGUAGCGGGCUCAAAAUUGAGCCUUGUUCAGUGGUAAUUGCAUGAGCAAAAGGAACCAGAUGGCGUCAUUCUGGCGUCAGCAAAGGCCGAAAUCCGCCAUGUUUUUGGCGACACUUUUUGAUGCCGAGCACGUCCUCCAGUUAUAGUAUAGCUCAGUGUUCUGCAUGGGCAAAAUUUUAUUCAUUAUUUAAUUAAAAUAUUACCCGGUUUAAUUAAAGGCAUUUUUGCAGAGAUUCAAAGUGCUUCUUGAAACAUACACUUUCCAACUACCAGAACUUACUUCAUGUACAGUAUGUCAAUUAUUUUAACCUACAGUAGGUGACGUCAUUUGGAUUAUAAUUAGGUAACGGUCUUGUGCCGGCCAUAACUACUCGAGAAAUAUAGGCGUGUUGUAGCUUCUUUAAUUUCCAUCCUCCUUGUACAAUGUUUACAUUAACAUAGAAUAUGUUAUUCUCACAAAUCUGUAAUUGUUUAUUGUUUUUGAAAUUAUCACUUUUUGGCGGGGAUAAUGCUACAAACUUGGCCUCAAAAUUAUCAGAAUAAGUUAUGGAUGAUUUAGUGGUUAAAUUUGGGAGAGGAUACUAUAGGAAUCUCAGAUCUGGAGAUUGUUUAAAUAUAUCAUUAUUCACUGCAAGUAUUUUGAAAAAUUACCCAUCUUGUUAUUAAAAAUAAAACAAUAUACCGGAUUUAUCGAAUAAUCUCAACUGAUAUCUUUGCAGUGAAUAAUCGCAUAAUUAAACAAACUUUAUUUAUUAUUUCUAUAAUAUUUUCUCCAAAUAAAAUCAUUAAAUCAUCUAUGCGUGGUUAUUCACUGCAAAGAUAUAGCUAUUCAAAAUUCGAUAAAUCCACCAUUUUGUUGUACUGUAUUUUAGUAAGAAAAUGUUUUUUGCGCCAAGUUUGUGACAAAAUAUGGAAAUUCCAAAAACGAAAACAACAAAUUUGUGAGAAUGAUAUGCAGCAUGUUAAUGUGAGCAGAAUGAAAAUUACGGAAGCCACAACAGCACCUAUACGCAGCUUUCUUGAGUACUUUACAGCUGGCGUGUACAAGCUUUCACGAAGUGCAAGCUUUGAUAAGUAUACAUGUCAUGUAUAUACUUGCCCUUGCCAAAUCCCUGCAGGAAGUAUUUAUAAGAAGUAUAUAAUUAUUUUGUUUUAUAAUUGGAGAUUAGAUGUGUAAAUGGCCGCUUGGGAUUGGGGGUGUUGCAUGGGUGCUUCAAGUGUUUUAUUAUGUUACUCAAUCUAUUCGUCUAGGAAAUGCAGCCAACCCAAGCAAAGGCAGCAACACCCACAGGCAACACGAGCACAACUAUGUCAGCGAUGUCAACUGCAACAGCAACACGCAUGGCCAACAACACGUGCAAACCUACUGAUCCCAAAUGUGAUGGAAUUCAGUUGAAUCACAAUGCUCUUUUUUUAUUCUUCGUUGGGUUAUUUCUUCUAUUCUGGCAAAAUGCCAUGUAAUCUUAUAUUAUAAUUAUACUCUUCAAUUAUUUCAGCGCUUAUAAAAUAAUGUCAUGUUUAUGGUCAUGCAGUAGUACAGUACUCUUCUUUACGGGAUUCUCAGUUUCUUCACAGGUCAAUCAGCAUCGUAACUUUAAACUAGAAAAAUAGUCAAAAUAGGGCACAAGGAACGAAUGUCAUGAAUAGAAAAAGUAAAUAAUAGAAUCAAGUUUUUUAAAAUGUAUACUCAAGGAUACGAAAUAUAAUAUUUAUAGACAGG